UAGCGCUGGAAGUUUUCGAUCUUUUCACAGAUUAAAUUCGUAUUAAUUUGACAUUUUAUUGCAAGUUGUGAAUUUUAUAAUAGGCGGAAAUGAAUCUAAGAGGUCUUUUCCAAGACUUUAAUCCGAGUAAAUUCUUGGUGUACUUUUGCUUGCUGCUGUUUACUGUCAUCUUUGCCCUUCGGCUUGACCAUUAUAUAGAAUGCUCAUACUGGAUUGUGUUUCUCCCCCUCUGGAUGUGGAAGGGCACUGUCGUCAUGGGGGCAGUGGUUGCAGGUCUAGUGUGGUGGAGGCAUCCUUCAUACAGAGUUGAAGGAGAAGGCUAUGUGGAUAUGAAAGCCAUCGUUAUUUGUCUUUCGCUCAAUUCUCUACUCCUGAUCUUUGAGGUUCUUGCCUGCAAUCAGAUGGAAAGUAUCCAGUAUAGUAGGCAAUCAGGGAACCAUCUUUGGCUGGUAGUCUUCAUGCCAUUGUUCUUGACAUCACCCAUGUCUAUUGCAGCUUGUGUGUGGGGCUUCAGACAUGAUAGAGGUCUAGAGUUGGAAGCCAUGUGUUCCAUCAAUGUGUUACAAUUCAUCUUCAUUGCUCUCAAACUAGAUGAGAUAAUCACCUGGAGUUGGUCGGUUGUAUUCAUACCCAUUUGGAUCCUGAUGUGCCUACUCUGUUUGAUUGUGUUGUAUUACAUCGUCUGGUCUAUCCUCAUAAUACGUGCCACUGAGAUUAUGGCUGAACAGAGAAGAGCUCACCUUAUGGCUGCCUUCACAGCAAUGGCAUUGGUCGUCCCACUCUUAACUUUUGAAAUUCUACUGGUAAAUCGUCUAGAUGGAGUCACACAUCACCCAUACAUUGCUGUAUUUGCACCAUUCUACAUUUCACUUUUGGUUCUUAUUCCAACAUCUUUCGGACAAAGAGGUGGCAACCAUUGGUGGUUUGGCAUCCGCAAAGACUUCUGCACAUUUCUGCUGACAGCAUGCCCAUUUUUAAGGGAGUACGGGAAUAUAUCGUAUCAACUGGAAGAUGUCAACAGUAUACAGUCGCCAGAGGAUCAGGAUAUGAAUAGAGAAAUGUACACCACUUCAAUACGUGCUGUCAUGGACCACUCAACAAAACAAAUCUAUCCUGUUAUUACUAUUGAGUCACCAGACUGAUCGUACAUGACUCAUUCAUGUAGACCCUCAACCAGCAUUGUCUGGUUCCCUGUACCCAGUAGUGAUGGUCUGAUAUAAGGGGACUGUUCUGACUCUCUCUGCUUCACCAGGACUUUUGUGGAUAAAAAACCCAAGAUAUUUUGAUGCCACAAAAAGUUCUGGGCAUACGCCUCUUAACCAUAAGCAAUGGGAUUUUUGAAAAUUUUCCUUGUUCAGGGACAUGAUGAUUUGUCUGAAAUUUCGAACCAACCUGUUUCCCUGACUAUGGAAAGUAUGGAUGUAGUCACUGUUAAUCACAAAACCCUUGGCUGUGUUAAGCCAUGGCCAAUAAUCGGGCAUGUUAUGCUGCAGUCUGGGGUCACUUGGACUUGCGUCCCAUUAUUAUGGAAUGCCAAACAAACAAAAACUUGGCAGCCUAUCGAUCUAUCGUAUUUUUUGUUUUUACAACAAAAGGAUGACGGUCUAGAAUCGGACGGCACAGUAACCCCUGGAAAAAAAGGAGAUUUUCAGCAAGAACUCCUGUACCCCUUGUCCCAAUUUGUAAUGGGGAAACAGAGUAUUGCACAGUGAGUGCAUGCCGCGAUUCAACGGAUUUUCCAGGCCUAGUCCAGUAUUCCGAUUGUAUGCAAAGGUGGAUUUACUUGAUUUCUGGUCAUGUGUCUAAAAAGGUUGUGUGUGCAGACAUGUGUUCCGGUCAUAACUGGUUAACAGCCAACAGUAAAAAAAAAUAUGUUCACAGAGGGGUGAAGCAGUUGAAGAGUUUUAUUCAAAACCAUUUUUGGGGUAGUUAUUUUACGGGUUUGAUUCUGAGAUUGCCCAUUAACUCCCCCCAUGUCGAACCUCGCACUCAUGACGAAUCUCACUCAUGACGAAUCUCACUCCACUUUAAGAUUAGCGUUUUGAUUAAUUUAAAACAUCCAUUAAAUGAGCAAGCCAGAAUACUUUGCUCAACAUUACAUUGUAAGUUUUUGCUCAAACGUAUCUCUUUGUAAGUGCAGGUUUUCACCGACAAAAGAUGCAAUUUAAUAGUUAGUUCUCUUAAGUGGCAAUGUGCAUACAUAUGGACCCCUUGAUGCUCAGUUUUCUCUAUAACUUGGUUUGUAUAGACGAUGUGAUCUGUGACAUCACAAGGUUUACAAAAGAGCCACAGAGCCUGGACUUCCUGCAGGCAAGAUUUGUACAAAGCUUAAUGGAAUCUUAUAUUUUAUGGAAAUUGCACUGCCUAGAUCCUAUCAUGGAGGAAUCAACUUUGAUAUGAUGAAAGGGGGCACAUCUCAAAACUUAACUCUUGGGUUUAUGUGGAAAUUAUGACACAAAAUGCCACUUUUCCCAUAUGAUCAGUGCAGUAUAUUGCCUGCCAGAAAAUCCAAGGAAUGUGCAAGGUCACACUUAUUGUAAACAAAGGUCACAUGGUUUAUAAAGGCAGCGUUUUAUAAACUUGUUUCAUGGUAAGCUUUGAGUUAUUUUAAAUGGCGCCGAGAAUUCUAAGCUGUUAUUUCCCUGCAGGAAGAACGAUCCGUAAAUGGAAUACAUAAUUUGAGAAAAGUUUCUGCAUGAAGUGUUUCUCUGAUUGAACAUUUGUUUAAAUCCCUUUCUCAAAAACUUUAUUCCUUAGAAUGGAAUCGUUUAUACAAAUGUUAUAUGUACAUUAUCAACAGCUGAAGUGCUGCUUACCAAGUAAGGUAGUUAUGGUCACUUUUGUUUUUGAGAAACAACCACAGGUAUACCCUCACAUUAAGUGAAGUUGGUUUAAGAAAAAAUAAAGAAGCAGAUGGAAAUCCAUGAUGUUGCACAUUUAUUGUAUUUUACAAAGUUGUUCAAAGGAGCUUUGAAAGUAUUUAAAACUAUUUUUUCACAUAAAUAAUGUGAAGCGUUGAAAUUUAUGAAAUAAAUUAAACA